GAGAGCCCGGCAGAUGCUGAUGCGAAAGAGACCAAGGAGCAGGAUGACACCGAGGCCGUGGCAGCAGUUGCAGCUGCCGCUGCGGUUCGAGCUGCAAAGUUGGCCGAGUUUGCCGACAAAACCGUCUUGGGGAAGCGGAAGAAGCAGCAACACCGGAAGGCCAGGUUCCCAACAGGGCCCGUCUUCGAGCCUCAGAUCUUAUGGAAGCCAGAUGCAAAUGGUGGAAGGCCAGUGCCGAAGCGUGAAGAUCUAAGAGCUGCCUUGACCUACCAGGAAAGCGGAACCCUUCCAAGGCCUUCCACGGUACCCACCCCCCGAGGCCCGCGGCGGGGCCCACGACGCCGCACAGGCCGGAAGCAGACCGAACGAACUCUCCUGGAGUCCCCAACCUUCCCCUUACCAAAUUCCCGACCCCAGACUACGAGCACAUUGCCGGGGCUAGAGGUGCAGGGAUUGGAGGUGGUCGCCGGGGAUUCCAAAGUCCAUGGCGAGCUGGUGAUCUCGCCAAGGCCAGCUUCGGCAGAGCGAAGGUCUUCCACACCGGACCGGGCUUCUGCGAGACUUGUGGAAUGCCCCAUUCUUGUUACAGCCAUGCCGGGCCCCUGCCGAAGUCCGCAGCCAAAGCCUCGGUCUCUUGCCCAAUGGCACUCCUUCGAACCAUCGAACACCCUGGAAUCCUUAGCCUCAGUCCUACCGGAGUCGGUGGCGGACGACGACUUCGACCGGCAAAUCUCGCCCCAUCCUGGCUUUCGGUUUGGAGUCGCUCUGCGCCAUCCCCAGCUCCUGCUGCCCAUGCCAGGCCCAG